GUUGACUUUGAUCGUCGACUUCGACAUUAUCAAUAUCAAUAAAAUACAAUUAAUAGCUUUUCAGUUAUUGAUAUUUGAUUACUUUUAUAAUAAAUUAAAUUAGUAUUUCGGCUCUGUCUACUAAUAACCAAUUUUCACGUAAAGGAACUACUUUUUUUUGGUUUUAAUAAGAAAUGAGUUAUGCGUAGUUUACUUCGACCUCUUGCUAUAUUUAGGAAGGCCGUACAAUCUAACAGAGCUGUUCAGUUGAAACAUCCAUUUACCACAGCGUUAGUGUGGAGAGCUAUGGAAGAUAAAGAGUCACUGAAAAAACGUCUCACUCCGCUACAAUACCAUGUUACUCAAGAAGCUGGAACUGAAAGACCUUUUACAGGUUGUUUCAACAAAUUUUAUGAAGAAGGGAUGUAUGUAUGUGUAGUAUGUAGGCAAGAUCUGUUCAGCUCCAAGACUAAAUAUGACUCAGGAUGUGGCUGGCCUGCUUUCAAUGAUGUUCUUGCAAAGGAAAAAGUGACAUUACACCAGGAUACUAGUGCAGUUGGAGCAAAUAUAUUACUGGUUUUAACACGGCCAGGUUUGGUGCGAACUGAGGUGCGAUGCUCCAAGUGCUCCGCUCACCUGGGACAUGUGUUCAAUGAUGGCCCAGCACCGACUAAGAAACGUUUUUGUAUUAAUUCCGCAUCGUUGGACUUCAUACCGGCUGAGGAGAGAGCGGACUAAAUGUGAUAGAAAUCUAUUUCACGAUAAUCAAAAUGUAUCAAAUCCCAAGACCUCGCACUUUUCAGGGUUAGAAUAAAAAACUACAUUUUCAUUAUUUUUUUAUCAACACUCAAGGAGAGUAUAUUUUUUGAUGCGUAGUAUUUAAAACUUUGCGAUUUUACUGCUAUGUAUUAUUGUAGAUGUAAAUACUUAAUUCAAAUAGGAUUAACAAAUAAGAUUAGAUGGCGUACAUUCUAUAUACAUUUCUAUUUAUCUACAUUACUUGGAAAGAUUUUUAAGUAUUAAUAAAUACUAUGCUGAACACUUUUAAAUACAUUUGGUAUUAUUUUUCUUUUAUGUACUAUUUAUGGUAUUUAUGGAAUUAACAAGUAACAUCUACAUGUUACAUCAUUAUUCAAAAGCAUAACAAAAUAACUUGUUUCCAAAUAAAUAAACAAAACGAAACAUAUCCGUUUUUGAUUAAUUUUUAUUUCUAAGUCGUAAACUAAAAAUAAGUACAAUGAACCAUGUAUCCAGUAGAUUUUUUAUCACCAACUGUAGGUCUUUUUUAUAUACUAAAAUGUAAACAACAGCAAAAUAUGCUUGUUUUAUGUAUUAUGUACUCAUUAGUAUAUAAAAUUUGAUUUGUAAAUAUGAAAAGCGCGAGGUCUGAAAUUUAUAGAAGUUUGAAGGCCAUAGUAAAUUAUUGGAUAACAUAAACUGUUAAUAUAUUGUAUGUUUGUUUUCUAUCUAUUUCAAAAGGUAGUAAAACCUUAAAAUGAAGUAAAUACGAAAUUUAAUAACUUUUCUAAGGUCAGCUAGGACGAUUUAACUAAAGUGUAUUUAAGAAUUAUACAGUUCUUCCAAAACAUCUACGCAAAGUUUUUUAAAUUGCACAACACUAUAGCAUAUUGUGUUCUCGUCAUAUUUAUAAAGCGAGAGCUAUUUUAUAAAAUGUAUUUAGCAACACUAACCUAUUUAUAUUUCGUUAGUUUAAUUGCGUAAUAACAAAAUAAAUAUUUCGCUAUGUGCCUUAACUUAGUUAAACACACAUACCUCAAUAUAAAACAUUUUAGUUACCAAAUUAAGUCAUUUUAUUUAAUAAUAACACAAUAAUUUACCCAUUAUCUUUAAUUUCAAUUAUUUAUAGUUUUGCGAGUCUAUAUAGCAUUUGAAUUGUAAUGUGGUAGUGAAAAUAUUGCAAUAAAUAUUUUUACGCUAAGUUGUUUUUUAUUUUAUUAAUCAUGAUGAACCAAAAAAGUGAUAACUGGAUUAAACGUCACAACAAAUGAAAAGAUAUAAUAAUGGUGAGUCUUUUUAUUAUAGUAUGGUUGUAUUUUAUAUGCACAAGUUACUUAGACAUGGCACUGGUGUUAUACAACUCUCAAAAUAUAUGAAAACCAUUUAAAUGUCUCAUAUUUCAUUACAUUUAUAAUACAUUUCAAAUUAGAUUACAUAAUUACAGUUGUUUUUUAUCUUACCAAAUGCAUACUCCAAAUUCAUUUUCAUGAUCACAAUAUUGUUUGCCUUAAAAUUUAGUCUGAUACUAAACGUUUUCAUUAAAAAUUGCCAACAUAAUUUGGCUACAUAUUUGCAUAUUUCUAUGUUGUUGCACAUUUUAGCAGUGGUUGGUGCGGGCAUGAUUUAUGUGCAUUUUAAUAAUAGGCCACAUUUGAAUGUCAAACAUAGUCUAUAUUAGGCCUCAAGACGGCGAGUAUUCGACGAAUAAUAUACAUAUAUAAAUUAUAUUGCAUUUAAAACGAUAUGCUAAUAGCUCCAGAUAUAUGUAAUAAGCAAACCUAUAAUAAAAACAAACAUUAACAUCAAUAAUGAAUCACCGUCACAUUGCACCAACCGGGAUCAAAUGUAAGAACUCUAUAUAGCGUUAAUUGGUCACUUUGUAUUGUCAAAAAGUACUAAUCACUGCUUUUUUGUAUCUAUACAGUCUACAGGUGACACUGAUUUUCUUCGCUUUUGUUAACAUAAUUCCUCUCAAACAUUCAAAACAUGCUCUCCACUUCUCUCUCUUACAAGCUUAAUAAAAAAUAGCAAACAUAAACAAUUUCAAAGGAAAUUUAAUGGCGUCUUCUGGCACAACCUAUAAACGAAAGCAGAGACGAGUACAAUACACUAAACAAAGAUAUCCGGAGUACAUUUUGCUUGCAUUUAUUAUUUGUAUCCAACUCUAGCUAUGGAGCUAUUGUCUUAUCAUAUAGAAGGUAAACAAUCUCUCAUAUUCUAUCUAAGUUUCGUAAUUUACAAUUGUUCAUUUAAAAGCUUAAUAAUACUUUUGUGCCACAAAAGAUGCCGACUUUUCUGAUUUCAAAUAUAAUCAAUAAACUAUAUAAACUUAAUACUAGGUAAAUGCUUCAAUUUGAUGACUAACAAUAAAUGGAUCCAUCAAAAUAUUUUAGUUUAUUAAUACUUAAAGUAACAAUGUCUUCAAUUUAAAACAAUACAAUACGUAAACUUUGCUACUGUAAAUAUGUUCAUGUCAAAAAUAUUAAAAUCGCAACCGUGCUAAAACUUAUUUCCAUAUACAAAUGUCAUUAGGAUAAAAAAUACAUAAGCAGUUUAAAAAAUAUAAAUACAAUGAUAAUGUAUGUAUAAUUAUACAUAAAACUAGCGCAUGUACCGACUAUAAUAAGCAAUGUAAGCCAACAGAUAUACUGCCUAUAGGAUCAAAUCUCAGUCAAAAUUAAUUCAUUAUUUAUAUUGAUAUUCAUUCACUCACUAGUUUUCAUUGAAAUACUUGAUGCUAUAACCCCUCUUAAAGCGGGACCUUAAUAUAACCAUUAUUCUUAAAUAGGAAACACUUCGUAGCGUUAUUAUUUCCGAGUUAUAAAACUGACAACUUUACCCUUUGAAACAACCGCAUCUGAGGCGGGGCAACGCGACGCCCCCCCUCCCCCUCCUACACUCCGAGCGAGUGCAUCAGCCUACUGCCGCCACAGUCUACCCACUACCAUCACAGUUAAAAGCUGAUCCGGUUAUAUAACUAAUACAGAACUACAGUACAUCUACUAUUUAUACUUUACAACUUCUAAAAGUUAACUGCCAGUCUUCAUUUGCAGAUUAUUUUGUUACAUUUCAAAUUCCACUCCUAAUGCUACAGUAUAUCUACACCCUAUAUAUCCCUUUCGAUUCGUCCCGCAGUAGACUGAUACCUCGCCGGGGCUAGCAAUCUUUAAUAAAUAAUGUUUCUACACAAUACUACACAACUUUACAA